GUCCCCUCAUUCUGCAUCCUUUCUUCUGAUGGAGAGAGGAUAGAUUCUGGUCCACUGACGUGACUGUUUCCGCUCAGUGUCGGUGUUUUCUCUCAGUGACUGUGUUUCCACUCAGUUUCGGUGUUUCGUCUCAGUUUCGGUGUUUCGUCUGAGUUUCGGUGUUUCCGCUCAGUGUCGGUGUUUCCGCUCAGUGUCGGUGUUUCGUCUCAGUGUCGGUGAUGGACGCGGCGGCGGAGUGUAGAGUGAAGGUGAUGUGUCGCUUCAGGCCGCUGAACGACGCCGAGCGAAGCCGCGGAGACAAAUUCAUCCCCAAAUUUAACGGAGAAGACACGGUGGUGGUGGCGGGGAAACCGUAUGUGUUUGACAAAGUUCUCGCUCCAAACUCGGAACAACUUCAGGUUUACGACGUCUGUGCCAAACAAAUAGUCCGAGAUGUGUUGGGUGGAUAUAACGGGACAAUCUUUGCUUACGGUCAGACGUCAUCAGGAAAAACUCACACCAUGGAGGGAAAUCUGCAUGACGCUCGUCAGAUGGGAAUCAUUCCUCGUAUCUCUAAAGACAUUUUUGACCACAUCUACUCCAUGGAUGAAAACCUGGAGUUUCACAUCAAGGUCUCUUAUUUUGAAAUCUAUCUGGAUAAAAUCAGAGAUCUCCUUGAUGUGUCAAAGACAAACUUGGCUGUUCACGAGGACAAGAACCGGGUUCCCUUCGUCAAGGGUUGCACAGAACGUUUUGUUUCUAGUCCUGAUGAAGUGAUGGACGUCAUAGAUGAAGGGAAAUCAAACAGACAUGUGGCCGUGACCAACAUGAAUGAGCACAGCUCUCGGAGUCACAGCAUAUUUCUGAUCAACAUCAAGCAGGAAAACACGGACACCGAGACAAAACUGUCAGGAAAACUUUACCUGGUCGACCUGGCUGGCAGUGAGAAGGUGAGUAAGACGGGAGCAGAGGGUUCUGUGUUGGACGAAGCAAAGAACAUCAACAAAUCUCUGUCAGCGCUGGGGAACGUCAUUGCUGCUCUGAGUGAAGGAACGAAGACACAUGUCCCCUACAGAGACAGUAAGAUGACUCGAAUCCUUCAGGAUUCUCUUGGAGGAAACUGCCGCACAACGAUAAUCAUUUGCUGUUCACCAUCGGUUUACAACGAGACAGAAACCAAGUCCACGCUCAUGUUUGGACAGAGAGCUAAGACUAUUAAGAACACAGUGUGUGUGAACCUGGAGCUCACAGCUGAAGAGUGGAAGAAGAAAUAUGAAAUGGAGAAAGAGAAAACCCGGAGUCUGAACCUAGUGAUCCAGAAACUGGAGCAGGAGCUGAAACGUUGGAGGAAAGGUGAGUGUGUACCUGUGGAGCAGCAGCUGAGCAGCAGAAAUAAGAAAAGUAACAGUGACGCAGCAGUGAUGGACAGCUUGGCCCCGCCCGCUGAACCUAUGUCCAAUGAAGAAAAGACACAAUAUGAGACACUCAUCAACAAACUGUACCAACAGCUGGACGACAAGGACGAUGAGAUCAACCAGCACAGUCAGACAUCUGAGAAACUGAAACAGCAACUCACUGAUCAGGACGAGCUGUUGACAUCGAGUCGCCACGACUACGAGCAUCUGCAGAACGAGUUGUCGCGGCUGCAGAGGGACAACGAUUCAGCCAAAGAGGAAGUGAAGGAGGUGCUGCAGGCGCUGGAGGAGCUCGCCGUCAACUACGACCACAAGAGUCAGGAGGUAGACGACAAGAAUCGCUACAACCAACAGCUCAAUGAGGAGCUCGCACUCAAAACUGUGAGUCUGGAGACGCUGCAGAGGGAUUUCUCUUCUCUGCAGGGCGUCAGCUGUCAUCAACGCAAGAGAUCGUCAGAGAUUCUCAACCUGCUGCUCAGAGACAUCAGUGAAGUCGGCAGCAUCCUCGGAACCAGCGAAGUCAAAGCUGAGACAAGUACAGUGAUGGAGGACGACUUCACCACCGCUCGUCUCCACAUCAGUAAAAUGAAGUCUGAGGUCAAAUCUGUGGUGAGUCGCUGUAAACAGCUGGAGCUGAACCUGAAGGAGAACAACUGCAGGAGAGAGGACAGCGACAAGGAGAUCAGCUGUCUGCAGCUGCUCGUCUCACAGCUACAGGCAAAGACAACAUCUCUGACCUUUGACCUGCAGCAGCUGGAACAAAAAAAGCGUCAGUUGGAAGAAGGUCAUGACCUUCUGAUGGAGGAAUUUGCAAAACUUCAGGCUCAAGGUCAAAUGCACGAGCUGACAGUGAUGGAUAAAGAGAAAGAACACAUGGACCGAUUAAAGGAUGCUGAUGACAUGAAGAGAACGUUAGAGGAACAGAUGAAGAACCACAGAGAAGUUCAUCAGAAACAGCUGAGUCGACUCCGAGACGAGAUCGAGCAGAAACGCAGAGACUUUGAUCAGCUCAAAGAUGUACAUCAGGCUCUACAGCUGGAGAACAGAAAGCUUCACUCAGACUUUGACAAAGUCAAAUGUGAGGACGAGAAAAAAGAGCAAAAACUUCAGAAACUACAGUUCCUGAACGAGAAGAGAGAACAAGCCAAAGAAGAUCUGAAGGGUUUGGAGGAGACUGUGGCCAAAGAACUUCAGACGCUGAGUCAACUUCGUAAACUGUUCAUCGAGGACUUUGGCAUGAGAAUGAAAAAUAGUUUGGAAAGCGACAGUGAUGAGGCCGGUGGCAGUUUGUCUCAGAGACAGAGAAUCGUCUUCUUAGAAAAUAACUUGGAGCAGCUGAGUCGUGUCCACAAACAGUUGGUGCAGGACAACGCAGACCUUCGCUGUGAGCUGCCAAAGAUCGAGAAGCGACUGCGAGCAACGGCAGAGCGAGUGAAAUCUCUAGAAACAGCUUUGAGGAACGCCAAGGAGGCAGCGGCAAAGGACCGCAAGCGAUACCAACAGGAAGUGGAGCGCAUCAAAGAAGCUCUCCAUUCAAAGAACGUCCCCAGGAGAGGCCACUCUGCUCAGAUAGCUAAGCCAAUCAGAGCCGGGCAUCAGCAACCCUCCUCGUCUCCACCCAUCAGAAUGCCCAUCAGAGGGGGCGGAGCUUCAUCCAGCCCACGCCAUCACUCUAUCACUCCUCUGCAACAUCGACACCAUCACAGCCACAGCAAGUAGGCUGCAGGUCGCACAUGAAGAAAUGGCUUCCCUGGAACCACUCCACUACAACUACGACUCCACCUUAACUACCACUCCACUAUAACUACCACUCCACCUUAACUACCACUCCACCUUAACUACCAUUCCACCUUAACUACCACUCCACCUUAACUACCACGCCACUAUAACUACGACUCCACCUUAACUACCACUCCACCUUAACUACCACUCUAACCACUAUAACCAUGACUCCACCUUAACGCCGACUAACCUUAUCUCCCACUCCACUAUAACUACGUCUCCACCUUAACCACCGUUCCACCUAACUACCCCUUUAAAAAAUGUAUUAUUAGUAUAUUAAUAUUUAAGUAUUAUUGUAAACAUUCUUUUACAUCAGAAUAAAAACCUAUUUAAUGACCCUAAAAACGAACGAUGAAAUCAUGAGUGUGAUGAUUUUUUUGGUUUAUUUGAAUUGAAUUAGUAAUUACAAUAAAAAUCAUCAGAUGAUGAUUUUAGAAUAGAACCAUUAUUAUUAUUAUAUUAUUACAUUAACACUGUAAUUAUUGUCAUUACACAAUCUGCCCACUCACUAACCCUUUCACUCACCAACCCUUUCACUGUUGUGACUGUGAGUGUGGCAGCUCUGGUUCACCUAAUGUAGUUCAUUAACAGUUCAUAGAUGUGCAGUUUCCUCUGUCGGCGUCAGAUCGUCAGUUUGUUUCCUCGUGUAGUUUUUUGUGAUUCCUGUUUGUCCUCGAGAUGUUUUGUGUUGUUAGUUUUAUCGCCUUUAGUUCUACCUUUUUUUUUGCAGUUGUCCAGACUUUUGUUUCCUUUUUGUAACCCUGUUUUUGUUAUUUGCUUGUCACCUCUGGUGUUUUUUGACCAUUUUUGUUUCACCUUUAACCUUUAGCCCAUUUCCUGCGACGCCAUGACGUUCACUCACGAACCCUUUUACUUACUAAUCCUUUCACUUACUAACCCUUUCACUCACUGCCCAGAGACCAACAAGCACAAACACUGAACGCCUGAAUCUUCUAGAUUCACCACUUCAUAAAUGAAUGGGUGAAGAACACGAGAAUCAAAACCAAAAUAAAUAAAAAAGGAAAUAAAAUUAUAAUUCGUGAAAAAUCUAAAUCUGAAAAUAACCAAAAUAAUGAUUUCAUUUAUUUUAUUGAACUAUUUAUGAUUUUUUAUUUAUUUUAAAUGUUUGUUUUAAUUCUCACUUUUCUUUAUUUUUACUACACACACACACACCCACAGACAAACACGGUUUGAGAUACAAAUGUUUUUGUUACUUUUGUUACGUUAACAAUUUAAAGCUGGGAUUUUUUAUGAUGACAAUGACUUUGAUUGUUUAUAUAUACACACACGUGUGUGUAUAUACAUAUAUAGUAUUUAUUUCUACACACUUUGAUACAUUAUAUUUGUUUUAUUGACUGUUGUGUAGUAUUUGUGUACUUGUGUUAGUGUGCCUGUGUUUGUAAUGACUGAUCAUCACAAAUGUAUGAAGUAUCAACAUGUUUACAUUGACACAAGUAAAUACACGUUUAACAUCAGCUGAUCAUCAUGUCAUUGAGAAUAAUGAGAAUCAUGUGUUCAUGUGUUAAUGUGAUCAUAAUGUAAAUGAGAAUGAUGAGAAUCAUGUGAUCAUCAUGUAAAUGAGAACGAUGAGAAUCAUGUGAUCAUGUGUUAAUGUGAUCAUCAUGUAAAUGAGAAUGAUGAGACUCAUGUGAUCAUGUGUUAAUGUGAUCAUGUAAAUGAGAAUGAUGAGAAUCAUGUGAUCAUCAUGUAAAUGAGAAUGAUGAAAAUCAUGUGAUGAUGUAAAUGAGAAUGAUAAAAAUCAUUUGAUCAGGUGAUCAUCAAGUAAAUGAGAAUCAUGUGUUCAUGUGAUCAUGUAAAUGAGAAUGAUGAGAAUCAUGUGAUCAUGUGAAUGAGAAUGAUGAGAAUCAUGUGAUCGUCAUGUAAAUGAGAAUCAUGUGUUCAUGUGAUCAUGUAAAUGAGAAUGAUGAGAAUCAUGUGAUCAUCAUGUAAAUGAGUGAUGAGAAUUAGGUGUGCAUGUGAUCAUGUAAAUGAGAAUGAUGAGAAUCAUGUGACCAUAUAAAUGAGAAUGAUGAGAAUCAUGUGUUCAUGUAAAUGAGAAUGAUGAGAAUCAUGUGUUCAUGUGAUCAUGUAAAUGAGAAUAAUGAGAAUCAUGUGAUCAUCAUGUGGUAUUUCUAUGAUUGAUAUUGUAUUUAUAUAAAUGUUACUUUGUCAAAGUGAUCAGGGAUUUUGUGUAUGAACAUGUUAAUGUAUGAACGUGUUAAUUGUGAUGUAAUAAACUUCAAACCUUGUCAUGUUUCA